AGUACUAGCUCGUCGCGAGCACAUGCCAAAAUCUUCAGUCGCACCCAACUUAACUCAUUAUCAUUUCGUAUGUCGUAUCUUCUUCUAUCCUUCAUUACCUCGUAUUUGUUGCGUGGCCAUUUUGACUGAUGUGCCGAAAAAACGCGUGCGAUUUGUGUCUUAAAACGAGAUUCAGGCGAUUUUUUCUAUUCUAACUUAGUCUCACGCGAUACUAGCCCGUUGAAACGCAAUACAGUCGCCGCUCUCUAGUUUUUAAUACAUCGCGAAAAAUCCAUUUUAAUAUCGUCUCGUCAAAUCGUCCCGGAAAAGAGGAGACGUGUGUGUGCCGCGGAGUUCGACGUCAGUUCGCGAAAGUGGAAACCUCCCCGAAAAAGUGAUCACACGACAGAAGAAGGAAACGUGCUUGUCGUGCUGAGCCGUGUGAGUGGGAACGUACGGGCGACGAGACAUUAGAAACGUCGCGAAUUAGAGGACGCAGAGCCCUCGGCGAAAGUUUGAUCGGUCGCGAGCACAAGUAGGACGUUUUCACCGGAAAAAUAUGGCACACCAGGACAGCAACUCGUCGGACUUCAGUGCCAAGUUCUCCACGUUAAAUGUGAACGCAAUGGAAUUCGUGCCGAGUUUCGCGUACAGUGGGGCGACGGCAGCCGCAGUCGCGGCGGUCAACACAGUGCCAGUGAACGACACUCCUGCAGCAGCAGCUACCGCGGACGGGGACACGGCAGGAGGCGGUGAUGGAGUGGCCCCGGCCAGCAGCACACCCCAGUCAUCAUUGCCAUCAUCGCAGCAGACCACCCCUACAGCCGCCGUGGCCCCGGCUGUGCCUCCACCUCCUGCGGCGGCGGCGGAUCCGCCUGUUCAGCCAGCCGCUCCUGUCACAGCCCCCGCAACAGUCACCGCCUCCAUCACGCCUGAGGAUCGCUCGCCACAGAAUAAUGAUGACCCUGUUGAUAGCUGGGACGUGGACGAUGAAGAGCCAGUCGCCAGCACACCUGAAGAUGAGGACGUUGGUGAUAUUGAAAUGUAUGGUGACAAUGAUGAAGAAAUUACUCAGAAAAUAUCCAAAAAGAAGGCAUCUAAAUAUGAGGAGAACCAUAGCAAAAAAGAGCAUGUAAACGUUGUCUUUAUUGGACAUGUCGACGCUGGCAAAUCAACAAUUGGCGGACAAAUCAUGGCACUCACAGGAAUGGUUGAUAAACGUACCUUAGAAAAAAAUCAACGUGAAGCCCGAGAAAAAUCACGCGAAAGCUGGUAUCUUUCAUGGGCGCUCGACACCAAUUCCGAGGAACGUGAAAAAGGCAAAACCGUAGAAGUAGGUCGAGCGUUUUUCGAAACCGAACGUAAACAUUUCACCAUCCUUGACGCGCCCGGUCACAAAAGUUUUGUACCAAAUAUGAUUGGUGGAGCGGCACAAGCCGAUUUAGCGGUAUUGGUAAUAUCCGCACGGAAAGGUGAAUUCGAAACAGGUUUCGAUCGGGGAGGACAAACGCGCGAACAUGCAAUGCUUGCAAAAACGGCAGGGGUUAAACAUUUAGUUGUUCUUGUUAAUAAAAUGGAUGAUCCUACUGUGAAUUGGGAUGAAUUGCGUUAUAAUGAGUGUCGAGAUAAGAUUUUGCCGUAUCUCAAGAAAUUGGGAUUCAAUCCAAAUAAGGACCUCACUUUCAUGCCAUGCUCAGGCCUCACAGGACUCGGAUUAAGAGAAACUAUUGAAGAAACAGUGUGUCCGUGGUACCGAGGAUUGGCUUUUAUACCGUUCAUCGAUCAGCUACCCUCGUUGAAUCGAAAGUUAGAUGGUCCGUUUAUAAUGCCAAUUGUUGAUAAAUACAAAGACAUGGGAACAGUGGUUAUGGGCAAAGUUGAAUCAGGAUGUGCGAAGAAAGGACAAAAUUUACUUGUUAUGCCGAAUAGGACGCAAGUAUCGGUCGAUCAACUGUUUUCAGAUGACGAUGAAGUAACGUCUAUUGCGCCUGGAGAAAAUGUUAAAAUUAAACUGAAAGGCAUCGAAGAGGAAGAUGUCUCACCUGGUUUUGUGUUAUGCGAUGCAUCCAACCCCAUCAAAAUAGGAAAAAUAUUCGAUGCUCAAGUAGUGAUUUUAGAACAUAAAUCAAUUAUUUGUGCAGGAUAUUCGGCUGUUAUGCAUAUACAUUGUGCUGCUGAAGAAAUUACAGUUAAGGCGCUUAUUUGUUUAGUUGAUAAGAAGACUGGUGAAAAAUCAAAAACACGUCCAAGGUUUGUAAAACAAGAUCAAGUUGCGAUUAUGCGUAUCGAAUGUUCCGGAUUAAUAUGCCUUGAACCGUUUAAAUUAUUUCCACAAAUGGGACGAUUUACAUUAAGAGAUGAAAAUAAAACGAUUGCAAUCGGCAAAGUCCUAAAAGUAAUCGAAUAAAUAGUCCCCAAACACUUAGACAGUGGUACACUCAACCACGCCGAUUACUUUAACAAAUCAUAACCAAUCAACUACUCGACGACUGAGAAAACCUAAGCUAUUGACCAGCAAAUGCACAUCCUCACUCACUAAUGAACAACGCAAACGAAAAUAAGCAAAUAAACCAAACUGAACUCAAAGAUGCUCGAACAGUUUUUAAAAUAAUGAAAAAAAUGUAUCGAUUGAAUUGUUAUUCUAGACACUAUAAUUUUGCAAUAUAUAUACAAAAAAAGAAAUGUUUGACGAAAAGUUAGCCACGCUACCGCAGAGAUAAAACACACAAACAAAUUCACACGAAAACGCAUGACCUGUCUUUCCAUAAUCAUCUCCGUCACAAUCACACACUUGCCGCGAACUACACUUGAACAGAAUCAAAUUAGAUUGACUAAAAAAUCUUCUUUGAAUUGACAUCAAUGAAUAUCAGAUAGAUGGGAUCGACUUUGUAGGUUUUUUCUUCGUUGACUUAAAAAGAUCUCGUCCCCGAUAUUCAUUGUUGGUUGGUUCAAACCUCAGACCUAUAGCUUAUUGAAUAGAUAUCCGAGAUUUUCUAUUGUACGGAAACUAAAACCGAAAUAUGGUUGUCAGAAGCGAAAUUUUAUAAUACACCAAACAGAAUAUUAAAAAAAAAACUAGAAUUGUUAUUAGGAAAUCCACAUCAUAUGAGAAUUUGAAGGAAACGUGGGGAACACAGGUUGAUAGGAAUUCAGAAGAUCCAGACGAUGGCUUAUCUACUCAUUCGCUCGAUAAACCCGGAGCCAGAGUGCGCAUUACAACGAAAUAUGAAGCAAAUUUGCUCGUAAGGUUCUGAAAUUUGUAAAGAAGAUGAGCAAGAGAAGAGUGGAUCAGCAUUGGAAGUCUGAAUUCUUCUAAAUUUCUGAUCAUCGCAUUUAAAUAUCCGAAUGGAAACCCGAUGUUUACACACAAACAAGCAUUUAAUAUUCUUUAUUGAAUCGCAUCCCAUUCGUUAUUUUAUAUAUUGUAUAUUAUAUAUGGAUUUAUAUUUUAUUUAAUUUAAAAGGUAAAUAAAUGAUUUACUUUUACAUACAGCAAAACACUAGACAUUUCUCAUGGAAACAAUUUUAUUUUGACUUCCCCCAAUUAGAUUGGGCGAUCUAAGUCUUGUAUUGUUUCAAAACUUUACAUAUUUUGAUUAUAUUAGGUUGUUGCAAAUGAAAUGACCGGUUUUGUACUAAAAUUUGAAACGACUGUAAAGCUUGCAAAAAUUUAUUUAUUUAAUCAAAAUAGGUGUCAGUCAAAACACU